CCUACAUAAAUACACCUAGACAAGUGAGGGAGGCCCACACAUUUUGGAUUAUUGCAGAGAUUCGUUCAUAUUUCACUGUUUAGAUUCAUUUGUUUUGCAAGAAUAAAAAAUAAAACAAUAAAUCACUUUAAGAAGCACCAACCGGGAGAUGCAGUAUGGCUUUCUGUGGACUCACAUUUUUUCUUCUGGCUUUAUUUUACCUCUUUACUGUCUACAGCAGGCCGACAGGCGUCCACCUGCGUAACAUGGAAGGCUUUAUUCAAGCUGUGGAGCAGGUCGAACACUCCAACCCUGGCCUGGCCCCCCUGGCUCUGGUCAGGGCCCUGCGGAGGACUGCAGGCCAUGACGACGUGAUGACCAUCCAUUUCUUGGGCGCUUCCAAUAAUCUCAGCGAUGCUGACCUCCUGGAGACGGCCAUUCUCAACGCCUCAUCCUUCAGCUUUUUUGACAAGGCCAUCCACCACAUUGUGACGGACCAUGGAGAAGAACGAGGGGUGGUUCUCGCAAGAGAUGGAACUACGGUAGCGCUUGCACCCUUAUUACUAGGAAUUGAAUCAGGGCUCAAAGCCAAGAUGGAAGGGGUGGCAGCAGCUGGGAUCUUCCCUCUCACCUUAGGCAGGACACUGGGCUUAUCAUUUCUCAGCCUCCAGGACUUCCCACCAUCUCACCGUUUGGGGCCUGACGGGUGCUGGGAUAACGUGGAGCACCCCAGGGUGUUCAAACUGUCUCAGCCUGCCACUCUAGCCACUGAUGCCAUGAUCAGUGGGGGCAUGGAUGGCCUUAUACUGGGCACGGACCUCAGCAAUUUAACUGCAUCUGAACAGCCACAGGCCCUCAGUGAGAUUCUGAGAGGAUACUACAGUUUUACUCUGAGUGAGGGGCAGGGCAUGGAUGCUGUGAGCGGUCAGAUUAGCCCAAGGAGGAGGGAGCUCUCUAGAUCCAUCCUAGAGUCUGUUGAUCUUCACAGCCAGGUGAUGGAGACACUAGCAUUGGUCUGGAAACUGGAGAAGACGGAAUGGAUUUCUAUGGACACUGGGGUAGGGAAGGCGGUGAAAGAUGGAUUGGAGACAUUUGUGAAGAAGUACUGGGACUGCCCUCAAAUCAUCCCUCGCUGUCAGUGGGGGGCAAAGCCCCACCGGGGUACACCUAUCCCACUCUCUCUUCCCCUCCAGUAUCUGUACAUUCAUCACACUUAUGAGCCAUCGUCACCCUGUUUAUCCUUCCCAAACUGUUCUCGUGACAUGAGGUCCAUGCAGCGUUUCCACCAGGAGGACCGUGGGUGGGCUGACAUCGGAUACAGCUUUGUGGUCGGGUCUGAUGGCUACGUUUAUGAGGGUAGGGGUUGGCAUCAUCUCGGCACGCACACCAGGGGACACAAUGCCAUUGGGUAUGGCGUGUCAAUCAUCGGUAACUACACUGCCACGCUGCCAUCUCGCUAUGCCAUGGACCUGUUACGUCAUCGACUUGUCCAAUGUGCUAUACACGGAGGAGGACUGGUUUCCAAUUUCACCAUCCAUGGCCACAGACAGGCGGUGAACUACACCGCCUGCCCUGGAGACGCCUUCUUUUCAGAAAUAAAAACCUGGGAGCAUUUCAGCGAAUAAGAGGACAUCCGCUGCCAGGAUUCUAUCAUCAAAGGUUCAUCCCUACUUUUGGAAAUUACUUUUGGAAAAUCUCUUAUACUCUGGAUAGUUCUAUCUUAUUAAUGUAGAGGUCACAUUUAAAAUCUGCAUAGUUCAAUGCAGAAAGAACUGAAUUCUGUGGUAUUGCUCAAAUAGCAGCAACAGAGGGUUUGACAUUGAAACUUAAAGUUCAUUCAGAUUUUAGUGUUUAUAAAGUAACUUAAACCUUGGCUAAGUUUAGAUCCAGUAUACAAAGUGAUACCAUGAUGUACUAUAAUUAUUUAUCAGCUAGUCAGUAUGUUUAUCCACCCAAUUAUCGACCGAAUGAAUGUUCUUUAUCAGUCCUUUGGGUGAUAUUUGGGUGGAUAAACACAGUCCUAAUCAUCAGUACUAAUGGUCAGUAGGUGCCCUACUCUCCCUACCAGCAGGCUCAGAUGGGAGGUUUCAACAGACAAAUAACAUUCAAAACUGAUGCCUUGCAUAUUGUUAGAAUGAUAUUAGAGACUAGAAUAGGGUACCCGGUAAUAAAACUGUCAAGUGCCCGUCACCAUUUUGAGAUCCGCGGCAACAUGUCAUGCAGGACGCAUCUCCCUUCUAGAAGUAUUGUGUAAGAGAAUAAAAUGUGAAAUGGUCUACUGA